AUCUCUCUUGUGCUUCUUCUUCUUCCUCUUAUUCGCAGAAGGCAUUCCCGCCUCAAGUCUCCUGUUUUUUCAACCGCCCUCACUCUCCUGUCGUCGCAAUCCCGCUUAAUCCUGCAACCCACCAGCCCUCUUCUUCCCCCAUCCCGUCCCGUCCCCUCCCACACCCCAGCGCUCUGCCCCUGCCUUCCGCCCCUCUUUUUCUUGCAACCUUGCCCGCGCCUGGCUACCCUGCCCCUGCCCAAACUCCCUCUCCCCUGUUCCUGCGACCCCCCCCCCCCCACUGUUCCGCUCCCAAUCCCUGCUUGCCCGCCUUUCCUUUUUAAUUCAACUCUCCCAAUUUUGUAUUUUUUAUUUAAUUGCAAGCCCUCCUCCGACUUCUUCUUCUUCUUCUUCGCAUAGGGGGUGGGGCCGGACUCGGGAGGAAGAACAUGGGUGAGUUAAGAAUUUAAAAUAAAAAUUGGCGGGCUGAUCCAGACUCCGGGAAUGGCUAAUUUGACUAUUUGAGGACCGGAUUUGAACUUAGAGGAGUCUCUCCUCGGCUGAAAACGAGAGAAUUUGGAAACGGAUGAAGGCUAAGCAAAAGCUUCGCGAGGCCGUGGACUUACUCUACUGUCGUGGCUGUGCCGGAACUGAAGCUUACUCCCGUCUCUUGCUCGAAUGCUUUCGAAAUGCCGAUGCUGAUCAAGCAAGGAGAUUGCAGUCUCACAUGAAGCUUCACUCCUUUACUCCUACGACUUCUUUCUUUCACAAUCGUCUUCUCCAGAUUUAUGCUAAAUCUGGCUACAUCUCAGAUGCUCAAGACCUGUUCGAAAGAAUGUGUCACAGAGAUGUUUUCUCAUGGAAUGCAAUGCUUUCUGCAUACUCAAAGUUGGGUUCUAUUGAUGAUCUGUUGGCACUCUUUAAUCAGAUGCCAACUCGUGAUACGGUUUCAUACAAUACGAUAAUUGCAGGACUUGUGGGGCAUGGUAGUUGUAAAAUGGCUUUUGAUUUUUUCACUAGAAUGCAGGGGGAAGGAUUUGUGCCAACAGAACAUACCUAUGUGAGUGUUUUGAAUGCUUGUUCGCAACUAUUGGAUUUAAGGCUUGGGAGGCAAAUUCAUGGAUGGAUUACUGCUAGAAACUUGAGAGAGAAUUUAUAUGUUUGGAAUUCUUUGAUUGAUAUGUAUUCCAGAUGUGGUGAGCUUGACCUGGCUAGGUGGUUGUUUGACCGAAUGGUCGUUAGGAAUAUAGUCUUGUGGAAUUCAAUGAUCCACAGUUAUUUAAGAAAUGGGCUGCCGAAAAAAUGCAUCGAGCUGUUUCAUGACAUGCGCUUCUCAGGUGUCAAGCCAGACUUGGUUACAGUUUCAAGUGUUCUUGGAGCUAUUCUCCAAAUUGGAACAACAGAAGAAGCAGAUAAGGUAUUUAGAGGUAUAGAAAAGAGAGAUAAAGUUUGUUGGACCAUAAUGAUUGCUGGUUAUGCACAGAAUGGAAAAGAAGAGGAUGCUUUGAAAUUAUUUACUGAGAUGUUAUUAGAUGAUAUCAGGCCAGAUGGUUUUACAAUCUCAAGUGUGGUCAGUGUCUGUUCUAGAUUAGCUUCUUUGGAUCGUGGCAAAGUACUUCAUGGGAUAGCAAUUAUUUCAGGACUUGAAGGUGACCUGCUCAUCUCCAGUGCCCUUGUUGAUAUGUACUCCAAAUGUGGAGACACUACAGAUGCUUGGAUUGUUUUCAAAUUAAUGCCAUCUCGGAAUGUGGUUUCUUGGAAUUCUAUGAUCGUAGGUUUUGCACAAAAUGGAUUGGAUGAAGAAGCUUUGGCGCUUUACGAGAGGAUGUUGCAGGAGAAGUUGAAGCCAGAUAAUAUUACCUUGGUAGGAGUCCUUUCUGCUUGUAGCCACAUUGGCUUGAUUGAAUGUGGGCGGAGGUAUUUCCAUUCAAUAAGUGAACUGCAUGGAAUGAAGCCCACUUUGGAUCACUACACAUGCAUGAUCAAUCUCCUUGGUCGCUCAGGAUACAUGAAAGAAGCUGUAGAUAUGAUUCUGGGAAUGCCUGAAGAACCUAAUAGUCUAAUUUGGUCAACUGUUUUGUUUGUGUCUGCAUUGAAUAAAGAUAUAGAACAUGGGGAGUUAGCUGCAAGGCAUCUGUUUGAAAUAGAUCCACUCAAUGCAUCACCAUAUAUUAUGUUGUCUAACAUGUAUGCUGCUUGUGGAAGAUGGGAUGGUGUGGCCUCUUUGCGAUCUCUCAUGAAGGAUAGGAAUAUUCGAAAAAUUGCAGCCUACAGCUCGAUAGAGAUCGACAACAAGGUCUAUAAAUUUGUAUCAGAUGAUCGAACUCAUCCUCAAACAGAUAUAAUAUACAACAAAUUGAAUGAACUGAUCAAGAAACUGCAGCAAGUUGGUUUUGCUUCUGAUACUGACUUCGUUUUUCAUGAUGUGAGUGAGGAGGAAAAGUUUGAAUCUAUCUGUUACCACAGUGAGAAACUUGCUCUUUCAUUUGGGUUGAUCAGCAAACCUUCAGGAGCAAUACCUAUAAGGAUUAUGAAAAACAUACGUGUUUGCGGCGACUGUCACUUGUUCAUGAAGCUUGUGUCUAGAAGUACUCAAAGAUCUAUUGUAUUGAGAGAUUCAAACAGAUUCCACCAUUUUGAUAAUGGGCAAUGCUCUUGCAGGGAUUACUGGUGAUCAUAUGGUAGAGCAUUUUAGUGACAUGCAUACUAUGACAAUAGAAAUGCCCCCUCCAAUUAUAUUUUUUUAAGAUGUACUGUAAACUAUCAGUUUACCCUCUGAUAGCUUUUCUUUUACAUACAAUAUAAAGAAAAGAAAUUCAUUCAGGCAAAA